AUGCCAAAGCCAUUUUCUCUGCCUCUACAAGUCGGUAUCGAUAUCUGCCAUACUCCUAGGAUCAUCAAGAGUCUCAAUGGAGCUCUACUAAAGGCUUCGUCCGCCGACAUCGGAAGUCAAACCUCGACAUCCACGACCCAUGAAACAAAAUUUCCCCAUAGAAAGUUCGCACUUCCAGACAGCUCAAAUAAACCUCGAUCAGAUUCAAAAAGUAUCAUCGCUAGUCGACACAGGCUAUUACUGCGUAUCUUUAAUUAUCACGAGCGGAGAUAUUACUUUAAAAGCGAUUCCAACAAAUCUUGGUUGAAUGAUUCGUCGCAACGUAAGUUUUACGACUUUAUAGCUGGUCGUUUUGCUGCGAAGGAGGCCAUCAUAAAAGCAAUGCGACAUCGCAAGCUGAAUUUUCAUGAUAUUAUUGUGUUACCAGAAGGAAUUGAAUUUCCAAGUCUUCGGAACUUUGUAGAAGUUUCAGAUCUAGUGGAUAGGAGCAGAGCACCCCGAGCUGUCGUGCUGGCGGAGCAGUCUGAUGUCAUCAAUAGUAAUGGUAUAGUUUGUCGGGAUAUCUUCAGAUUCCGUUCCCCAGAAGAAAUAAAACUUUUGUCUAAAGAAGCCUUCGAAGCCGAGGUUUUACUUGAAGAAUACGAAGAGGACUUAAGGCGAUGGGAACAAGGAGAAGAAGUGCAGCUGAAUAUAAGUCAUGACGGUGACUACGCUAUAGCUGUCUGUUUGGCCAAUUCUCCAGUAAAAUCUACAUCGUGCCAGAAAAUAAUGAAUAUUGGAAAAGAUGAGACUUCCAUUUCUUUGAAAUUAGAUUGUCGUCAAAGUGAAAUUCAUUCGCCACGACAAGAGAGAUCUUCAUCAUCCGGGAUCCAUAACAUUCAAACGAAACCUCAAUCUAAGGAAAAUUUUCAAGAGGAAAAACUUGAAUGCAACAAAGAUGCUACUAUUUCAACAAACCUUGAGACCUUUACAGCUCUAUCAGAUCAUUCAAAAAAAGAGCAGAAAUAUGAUGAUACGAGAGACAUCGGGGCAAGUAAAACUCGAAAAUUUCAUGUCAUAGAAACUUUCUGGCCAUUUAAAUAUAUUUAUUUGAAAAAAAUUCAAAGAAGCAUUGCCUCAUUAAUGAUUAGCAAUCAGUAUUUCAGUGUUUUUAAAUGUGUAUUUGAGGACGGGUCUAAGGCUACUGAAGACAAGAAAUUUGAUACUCAAGUAACGCAGGCUCAGCAGCACAAUGGAACAACCGAAGAUAAAUCUGCACAGAACCCAUCUGUCUCAUCUCUCUCGAUUCCAGUGACGGGCAAAAAUAUUUCUGUAGAAACCCUCACCCAUUAUUCUGAUGAUUCUGGCUCAAAACCAGAGAAGUUACUUCGAGACCUCUUACCUGAAUAUUUUCACGUCCAAGAGAGCAAAUGUGAAAUGGAAAAUGUAUCCAUUUCAAAUAAAAGAUCAAACAGGAUGCAGUUCAAAAUGGAAGACAAUAAAGUUUUUAUGCCAAAGCUAAAGAGCGCAGAUUCCAGGAGAAAAUCAAUACAGCGCGAAAAAAAUAGCCUUGACCAUAGACAUGGAGAUUUUAAAAGUCUGAAUAAUGUGAAGGAGAAAUAUAAUUCUCCUACAUUAGGGUUUCAUAAAUGA